GAAAGCCGCCCCUUCCGCAGAUUACCACGGGAAGACCCGAAUGGUACUUCGUUGGCAGCACCCGUGUUGCCCCUGUAGUACUACCUGGGGUCACUGGCUACACUAUACAUUUAACCCUAGCCAUAUAAACAGCGUUAAAUCGUGCCGAUGCCUUGUUCAUACGAGGUCCAUCCAUCUGGCGUGUUCUUCGUCUAGUGUCCUCACUGAGUAGUAUUUACAUCAGCACUUCAGUUCCCCCGUAUAUUUCGAAGAUUUGUAUUAGCCAUAUCACGAUCCAGACUCCUUGCACCUUUUCUAGGCAAGGAUUCUACAUAAUCGCAAAACUUUCUGGAAUUACUGAGUGACGUGUGAUACAUAACGUCACCAUCGAAUAGACUUCCAUUACUCAACGCCAAAGACCUAACAAUGUCGGUGAAGGUGUUGUUGUGUUUAGUGGUGGUGCAAGCCGUCCAUUCUGCCACAGUAAACAGCCGAAGCUUCCCUUCCGGUGAUGUUCGAGUCAACGGUAGUGGUCAAGGAGACAGAGCUCCGUUUCAUACUGCUUUCCAAGGUCGUCCCCAUCAAGGAUCUCAAAAUACUGGUCGCAUCAGCAAGGACCAAUCCUACACUCUUCACGCCCAGUCUCGUAACCUGAGAGGCCAUUUAACAAUCUGCAACCUGUGUCCCAAGGCAGAGGACAUCUACCCGUGCAUGUGUUCGUGUGUGAACUCGACGACAGCAGAGCUGAGCUGCGGGCCGGACCUGGCCUCUUGUGCUCAGCUGACGCAGAUCCUCUCCGCCGUCAUCUUCCCCGUCACUGAUUACUUCAGACUGCUCGUGGACGGCACCAGACUGAACUGCAUGAUUGAGGAGGAUUUGUGGGGGAUCCUUACCUUCCAGGAGAUCAUUCUUAUGAACAAUCAGUUCAAGACUAUAGAUAAUUACGCCUUCCUUCCCUUCAACAAUACGCUCAAGCUACUGAACAUGGGUCAGAACAAAUUGGCAAACGUUUACUUCCCAACCCUGAGCGACCAGCCGUACCUGGAGCAAGUGUUCUUGCAGAAUAACAAUCUCGAUUUCAUCCCUGGAUAUACAAGCGUAGUACUGGAACACCUGAGAAUCUUCGUCGCCUCGAGCAAUAUGAUCUACGAGAUAGAGCCUUACACUUUUAAUGGUCUGCCGAGCCUGGAGAUGCUGGAUCUAUCGCACAACAGGAUAGGUAAGCUGAGUGAGAACAGUCUCACCAUCCACCACCACAGCGCCUCCGCCCUCAGCGUCGACCUCUCCCACAACGCCAUCUCCUACAUCGAACCUGGGGUGAUAGCAGGAGUGAAGGUGUAUGCCUUUAAUCUUCAGUACAACCAGCUCAUCACCCUCCAAGAGACAGUCUUCAGGCCUCUCAUCGAUUUGUCACGCGGAACCUCCAGGUUCUUGGUAUCAGGUAACCCUUUCACAUGUGAUGAUCGCUGCUGCUGGAUCGCUACUAACGAGACGGUCAGCGGUUGCUUCGACAACUUCCGUUGCCCAAAUCUCAACAACGAGCCCAUUGACAGCUUCGUCACCAUAUGUUCGUCACAAACCGUGGCCGUUGCUUCUGCCGUGAAUGGUGGCGCAGACGCUAACGUGGAAACUGUCAAUGAAGGCGGUAGACUGGGCUCAAUCCUGCACCAGCAGAUAAAGAGGAACCCCAAACUUGUCCCUCUUCGAGCCACGUCGUCCAGUAGCCAGCGUGGUGUAGUACACAUGAAUUUCAGCACUCCCUAAAGAAUUCCUUUUUACUGUUUACAUUUCUUAAAAAGAUGUAAAAUCAGUUGGGUUGGAACCCUGAAUUAUUUUGAUGUUUUAAAUAUUAGAUUCAGGAGAGAUUUUGCUUAUGCUGUCUAAGAUGCUUCGCUGGCUGUACCCGUUAACCUUCCUCUGUAAGCACUAGUCUCCACACUCAAGUCUGUAUAACAUAAUCUAUAAAAAAAAUUUGUAAGUAUAAUAUGACAAUGUUUUUGUUAAGUGUUACCAGAGGAGCAGUGUUCAAUGUGAUCUUUUUCUUCUGGUGGUUGUACCUGUAUGAGUGUCAAUUACCUAUAUUUGCACUUACGGGAGUAAAUACUUAAGCAUACUGUUACGUAUGUGAGGAAGGUUUGAACCAAGCCAAACCAAUAAAGACGUUAUUAAUUUAAUGAAAGCAUAUCAAUACAAAGUGUACUUUUGAUCAUGAUGAGGCACAUUCAGUACCAGCCCAGUACACACCUCACAGCACUGUACUCGUAUCCCUGGCAACACUGAUCAAUGCACAACAUUAGUUACAGUAUCUCAUUAUAUUGGUUACAGUAUCUCACUAUUCUGGUUACAGUAUCUCACUGCACUGGUUACAGUAUCUCACUACACUGGUUACAGUAUCUCACUACACUAGUUACAGUAUCUCACUACACGGUUACAGUAUCUCCUACACUGGUUACAAUAUCUCACUACACUGGUUACAGUAUCUCACUACACUAGUUACAGUAUCUCACUACACUGGUUACAGUAUCUCACUACACUGGUUACAGUAUCUCACUACACUGGUUACAGUAUCUCACUACACUGGUUACAGUAUCUCCCUACACUGGUUACAGUACCUCACCACACUGAUUACAAUAUCUCACCACACUAGUUACAGUAUUCAGCCUCUUGUCCUUUCGUUAGCUCACCCUGAGAAUGAUGACCACCUCUCAUUGUCUCGCUAUAUUUAAUCGAACUUAUCUGUAUCGUAUGCCAUUAAUGUGAUAUAUAAUUUUGGAUGACCUUGCUUACUUCCCACACACACUGACACGAUGCAAGAAAUCUAUUUUCCGAGUGUAUCUGCCAGGAUUACAUACUCAAGAAUCUCCUGAUAAUCAUAGGCCUCUUCCGAUCUUAUCUCUCAGCCCUACAGCUCCUCCUAGGAUACACACGGCCUACUGCCGACAAUACUGAAAAAAAGACACGGUGCAGUAAUGGCCUUUAUCAACACGUUUCGUUCUGUUAGAACUUAAUUUAGAACCUGAUGAAAGCCCUGAGUCAAACACUGUCCCAAUAGACUUUUUUUUCCCUGCAAGUCUUCACUUCCUCAAUGUUUUAGGGCCAGUAAACACGUCCACUACUUUUCCUUCCUCACUGAACGCGUCCACUACAGGUCCCCCCCCCUCACUGAACACGUUCACAACAGGUCAUCCCUCAUGAAUAUGCCCAUUACAGGUACACCCUCACUGAACAUGUCCACUACAGACCCUCCUUCACUGAAAAAGUCCACUACAGGUUCUCCCUCAAUGAACAAGUCUAUUACAGCCCCCCCCCUCACUGAACACGUCUACUACAGGUCUACCGUCCCUAAAUACGUCCACCACAGGUCCACUGCCACUGAACAUACCCACUAUGGGUCUUCUCUCACUAAAUGCGCCCAUUACAAGUCCUACAUCACUGAGCACGUCUACUACACGUCCUCCGUCACUGAAUACGUCUAUUACAGAUCCUGCCCUCAUUAAGCAUGUCCCCUACAUGAACAACCCGCUACUGCCAUUCGCCCUUCGUAACAUCAUAAAACAUAUCUUUCUGUAUAUGAAACCUAGUGAGAUCUGAAAUCAUUUCGUACUCAGUGAUAAUGUUGUAUAGAGUAAAAGCAGUUAUAAGUAGUCUUGGUUAUUAUAUACAACAUUAGUAUUAACAAUAUAGUUUUAGCGUUUAAAAUUUACAACUUUUAUGUAAACUUUAGACUAUAAGAAGCUAUGCUUAUCACAUGUAAUCUGUGUGCCUUUCAUUGACAUGGUAAGAUGUUAUGACAGAUGUCAUUGUUCGUGUCGAGGCAGCAACGCUGAUCUCACAUGGGAUUUCAUCAAUGAUUUGAUUAAUACACGCACAGUGUGAUGAAAGUAAUUUGUCAAUACUAACUUCGUAUAUUAUUAUUACAGUUGUCAUUAUUUUUGGUCAUAUUAGCUGCUUCCCAACAAGGUAGUGUCACCCAAAAAUAGUAACGCAGUUACCAUCAUUUAUUCACUGUUAUUUUGGCAAAAUACACACCACCUGUAGAGUGGAGUGUAUGCCAUAAAUUAUGAGGUUCAUCUACAGUUAUACUUUUAGAUGAAUAAGACACAUGCAUCUCAUCUGUUUGUCGGUGUUAUAUACCAGUAGUAUAAUUAUAGAUGUAAUUUUACCAGUUCAUCUUCAUUAAUGAUUUAGCAAUACGUAUACAUAAUAAACGUGACAUAUAUCUGAAAAUUAAAAUCCA